GAGGCCGCAGCAUCGAAGAUGGACAGUUUUGUUGCGAAUGGCAAAGAGGAUAAACACGAUCCAGCAAGUGACAGAAUGAACGUACCAUGGGUGGAAAAAUAUCGCCCAAGGAAUGUGGAUGACGUUGUUUAUCAUAGUGAGAUAGUCCUUGUUCUGAAGAAAGUGCUGGAUGGGGCCGAUUUGCCUAAUAUUCUGUUGUAUGGGCCACCAGGUACUGGAAAGACUUCCGCAGUGAUGGCUUUUUGCCGUGAACUUUUUCCGGUACAUAAAGUAUUUUGCGACCGCAUUCUCGAAUUGAAUGCUUCUGAUGAGAGGGGAAUACAAGUUGUGCGAACGAGGAUAAAAGAAUUUGCCCAUCGUGCAGUCCCAAAAAGUGGUGUACCCUUUAAGAUUGUUAUUCUGGAUGAGGUUGAUGCAAUGACUUCUGCUGCCCAAGCGGCAUUGCGAAGAAUUAUGGAAAAGUAUUCCAAAACUACGAGAUUCUUCUUCAUCUGCAAUUAUAUAUCUCGAAUAAUCGAUCCUCUCACGUCUCGUUGUGCCAAGUUUCGGUUCAAGCCACUUCCACUUGAGUGCCAGAAAGAUAGAUUGCUAUAUAUUUGCAAGAAUGAAGAUAUUGACAUCAGCGAUGAUUCACUGUCAAUGUUGAUAACUUUUUGUGAAGGAGAUCUUCGUCGAUCUAUUAACUAUCUACAAUCACUCUCCUUCCGUCAGAAUAUCACAAGUGACUUUAUAUUCAGCACUACUGGUCAAGUGCUUGAAAAGGACGUGAGUUUAUCAGUUUUCUCUGAUGGGUUAUAA